AUGUCUUCCUAUAGCAUGUCCCAGAUCAAACGCUUUGCAGCUGAUUCUAUCAAGGAUAUCAUGCCGCUGGAUGAGGAAUCCAUCAACGAAAUGGUCCAGUACUCUAUUCGAAACUACAAGACCAGAGAGCAGAUCAGUAAUCAUUUUUUGGAUCUACUAGGCCCAACAGAUGCCACGUUUCAGUUUGUUACCAAGUUUGGUGACAUGUUGUUUGGUUCUCAACAACCCCUGACAAAGUCUGAACCCAAACCUACUAUGCCCACAAAAGCAUUGCCUACAAAAGCAAGCACUCCUGCUAAACCAACGCUCGGCUCAAAUGGAAAGCCGGCAGCAAAAGCAAAACCGGCAGGAAUACGACUGGUUAAGAACAAGAUUGUGGCUAACCCUAGCUCUAAGGGCCGAUUGUCAAAUAAUUCAAGAAAUGGGGCCACUACUUCCGAUAUGUUUAACAUGAAGCCCAGUAGUAUUGAAACACAAAGAGUAAAGAGAAAAGAAAUAAAGAAGAAAUUAGACAGUAUUCAGGAUUUGGAUGAUGUAUUGUUGGAACUAGAACUAAUGGAUAGCAGAGAAAACUUAGACGAUAUACGAGUAUGCAAUUGCAAUGCCACAAGACACCCUUUGUUCGAAAUGUAUCCAAACUGUCUUAAUUGUGGUAAGAUAAUAUGCGCCAAAGAAGGUUUACAACCUUGCUCUUUUUGUGGUAAAUCGCUGAUGUCUGACGAGGAGAAGAUGGAAUUAAAGGAUAUAUUCAAUAGGGAAAAGGAGGAGUUAGAGGGGAAGAACGAGAAACCAAAGGAGACUAGCAGUACUGGUAGGGGUAAGAAGAAGAACGUUAUCAAAAUCACACUUAAUACUCCAGGCCAGAAUAAUUUCAAGAUCCAAGAGCAAUUCUACAAGCAAAUCGAAGAGAACCGGAAACAGGAACGAGAGCAAGAACAGAUUACGAAAGAGGAGGAGAAGGAGAUUGCUCAAAACCGUAAAGAGAUGGAAUACUACAAAUCAGUGCACAAGAAAGAUCCUGAGUUAAUCAAAGCGGAAGAGCGGUUGGCCACGCUAUUGAGUUUCCAGGAUAACAGUGCAGAGCGUACUAAGAUCAUCGACAAUGCUGCGGACUUCGAACUUCCAACCGCCAGAGGGAACUUGUGGGCUUCCUCGAUGGAGAGAGCCCUCCAGCUGAAAAGACAACAGAAGAGACACAAGCAGAUGGAGGAUGAUGAACUACACCGCAGUGGAAGAGGAAAUACCGUUGUCGACAUGACUGUUCGAAACGGCAAGGUCGUCUUCAACGACCGAACCCGUGAAAGUGGCGUGUUUGAAAACGUUUCCGACGACGAAGAGAUACAGGAACUGCAGCAGCAGGUUAACAAGGAGAAAAUGAAGCAGUUUAAGGAAGAGGCACAAAACGUAUACGACUAUGACAGCUUUAACGACAAGCUUUUCAAGCCUGUGUACAGUGGGAAGCCCUUAGCAUCUAGAGGAAAUAGUGCUGGCGAUGGCAAUGCCACUAAGGACAUUAUUUCCGAGCUUCCACCGCUAGGCAGCGUCGUUCAGCUCGGCGAGGUCGAGCAGCAGGAGGACCGUCUUUUCAGCAUGAUCGGAGUGUGA